AUGAACUAUCCUCACUUGCACAGUACUAUGGCAUUAACAUUGGCCAUCCUAGUCGUAGUUAUAUUUGCCAUUGUUCUACAAGCAUUGCUACGGCUUAUUAGCAACACCAACAACAAAAAACUACCUCCUGGUCCUAAAGGGUUCCCAAUCUUCGGCAGCCUUCAUCUAUUAGGAAAAUAUCCUCACCGAGAAUUGCAUAAACUAUCACAAAAAUAUGGUCCCAUCAUGCACUUACGAUUAGGGUUAGUCCCAACCAUAGUCGUAUCAUCGCCUCAAGGCGCGGAAUCAUUUCUCAAGACACACGAUCUUGCUUUCGCCAGCAGACCGCCGCACCAGGCCGCCAAGUUCAUUUCGUACGAGCAGAAAAACCUAUCCUUCGCUCCCUACGGCUCAUACUGGCGAAACGUGCGAAAAAUGUGCACGUUGGAAUUGCUCAGCAAUCUCAAAAUCAAUUCUUUUAAGUCCAUGAGGAAACAAGAACUUGACCUGUUGAUUGAUUACGUUAAAGAUGCGUCGUCACGACGCGUGGCUGUUGAUCUGAGCGGCAAAGUUGCAUCCCUUAGUGCGGAUAUGAGCUGCAGAAUGGUGUUCGGAAAGAAGUAUACGGAGAAAGAGUUCGACGAGAGAGGGUUUAAAGCUGUGAUUCAAGAGGGAAUGCAACUGGCUGCAGCUCCUAAUCUUGGUGAUUAUAUUCCUCAGAUUGCGGGACUUGAUUUACAGGGUCUUACGAAGCGUAUGAAAGGCGUUAGCAAAGUGUUUGAUGAUUUCUUUGAGAAAAUAAUCGAUGAACAUAUUCAAUUUCAGGAUGAAAACAGAAGUAAAGAUUUUGUAGAUAUUAUGUUGGGCUUUGUUGGAUCAGAAAUUUCAGAGUAUCAUAUAGGUCGAGACAAUAUCAAAGCUAUUAUCUUGGACAUGCUUGCAGGUUCAAUGGACACUUCAGCAGCAGUAAUCGAAUGGGCUCUAUCGGAACUCCUGAAGCACCCAAGAGUACACAAAAAAGUGCAAAAAGAAUUGGAAGAAAAGAUCGGCAUGAACAGAAUGGUAGAAGAAUCGGAUCUUGAGAGCCUGGAAUACUUAGAAAUGGUUAUAAAAGAAACAUUCCGACUCCAUCCAGUUGCUCCAUUACUGAUCCCUCACGAGGCAGUCGAAGAUACCAUCAUCGACGAAUAUCUAAUUCCGAAAAAAUCACACAUUAUUAUAAAUACAUUUGCUAUCGGAAGAGAUCCGAGGGCUUGGAACGACCCAGAGAAGUUUCUUCCGGAGAGAUUUUCAGGAAAAGAUAUAGAUUUUCGUGGGCACGAUUUUCAGCUUUUGCCGUUUGGGGCUGGACGAAGAGGAUGCCCUGGAAUUCAAUUGGGAAUAACUGUGGUUCGUUUGGUUCUGGCUCAGCUCGUGCAUUGCUUCGAUUGGGAGCUUCCGAACGGUAUGUUGCCCGACGAAUUGGAUAUGACUGAAGAGUUUAGUCUUGUAACUCCAAGAGCUAAACACCUUGAAGCUAUUCCUACUUAUCGCCUUCACGUUUGAUAGAUUAAUGACUCAUGUAUUUUAUUGUGUUGUUUUCAAUUUAAGUUAUACUUCUUUGAAAUGGAUCAAUUUGAAAAUACUUAUUGUUGUAAUAUUACGAUUGUUGAA